AUGGAGCCACAGGCGGGCUGUCUGAACCUCUGCAGUCUGGUGAGCACUCUGCCCGUGAUCCCCUACCAGAAGCUCACUGACCUGUACCACCUCAGCGCGGGGGCUUUUGGCACCGUGUUCAAGGCGCAGCACUCGGACUGGAGGACCCCAGUGGCCGUCAAGUGCCUCAAGCUGGACUCCCCGUUUGGAGACAGAGAGAGGAAUGGGUUGCUGAAAGAAGCGGAGGUUCUCCACAAGGCCAGGUUUAACUACAUUAUACAGAUUUUUGGUGUCUGCAACGAACCUGAGUUUUUCUGCAUUGUCACUGAGUUCAUGAGCAAUGGCUCUUUGGACUUGCUUCUGCAUGAGAAGGACAUGUACCCUGAAUUGGCCUGGCCGCUAAGACUGAGGAUUCUGUAUGAGAUUGCUCUUGGUGUAAAUUAUCUUCACAACAUGAACCCUCCUCUUUUACAUCAAGAUUUAAAGACUCAAAAUAUUCUGCUGGAUGGAGAAUACCACGUCAAAAUUGCUGACUUUGGUCUUUCCAAAUGGCGGCAUUUGUCCGUUAGUAAAGGCUCUGGAUCGAAGCACACAGAGAUGGGAGGGACAAUUAUUUACAUGCCUCCGGAGAAGUAUGAGCCCUCGGCCAACAAAAAUGGCCGGCGUGCUGAUGUUAAACACGACAUGUACAGCUAUGCAAUCAUCAUGUGGGAAGUACUGUCCAGGCUGAUUCCUUACGAUGACAUGAACAACCCCAUGACGAUAAUGUUCAAUGUGAUCUGUGGUGUUCGCCCUGACACUAGCUUAGACAGUUUACCUUCCCACAUUCCCAACAGGGAGAUACUGCUCGGUUUGAUAACCAGUGGCUGGACUGCAGACCCAGACGAGCGACCAUCUUUUCUCAGGUGUUUGGUGGAGCUCGAGCCAAUGGUCCGGAGCUUUGAUGACAUUGACGUCUUGGAGUCUGUAUUGGAGCUGAAAAGGUCAAAGAAAAGAGCAGAGUGCUGUUCUGCUUCUCCUAGGGGACCCAACCACAUAGAAAAGCCCAUCCCUGGUAGAAGGUGCUGCUCCUCACCAGAGCCUGAAAUGUCUCCACCAAGGUUUCUCAGCCCUCAUGGUUCUCCACCUGAAGGCUUGCCUUCCUCUUUCAUUGACCCAGAGUCGCCAGAUUCCCUGAAGUCCAAUCCCCCCAACAACCUGAAUGGCCACCAUGCUCCUGACGACAAGUUCAACAUUCCUGUAACCCCCACUUUCCCGACGCAAUCAGACAACGCUAUACUCAAGCCACCGCAAUCUGGGGGUUGUUCACCGCGGAACUCACCACCUUUACAAGGUCCAAUAGAGGAGUGGAUCCAUACUCGUAGACAGGAAAUUGUUUCACAAAUGACAGAUGCAUGUCUGAACCAGACAAUGGAUGCCCUCAUCGCUCAGGGCCUGAUCAUGCAGGAAGAUUACGAACUGGUUGUGAACCAACAGACAAGGACUGCAAAGACCUGUUGCUGCCUCUCCGAUGUAAGCUAUCCCCAAAGCUGGAACAGACAGAGCACCGACCCAAUACUCUUGGAUCUGGCUCUCGAGAAGUGUAGCCCUGUGGAGAUGGCUGAUCUGAGGCAUACAAUGGGAGUAGUAUCCCAAACCAUUUGUUCUCGAUCACGGACUCCAUCAGAUGCGGACCUGAAGGCGCCCAAACACGAGAAAAUGCAGCUGAAAAGGGAGAUCUCGCUCAUCAAUGGCAUCUGUCUUAUAGUUGGCAACAUGAUUGGCUCUGGGAUUUUUGUGUCUCCUAAGGGAGUUCUGCUCUAUAGCGGCUCCUACGGGCUGUCUCUGCUCAUAUGGGCUCUGGGGGGUCUCUUCUCUGUGUUUGGAGCACUAUGUUAUGCGGAACUUGGCACUACCAUUACUAAAUCUGGAGCCUCGUAUGCCUACAUCCUGGAAUCCUUCGGGGGGUUUCUGGCCUUCAUUCGCCUCUGGACAUCUAUUCUCUUGGUGGAGCCAGCUAGCCAAGCCAUCAUCUCCAUUACCUUUGCAAACUACCUGGUGGAGGCUUUCUAUCCAACCUGCCAGCCUCCAUAUGACGGGGUGCGCCUCAUCGCUGCUGCCUGCCUCUGCAUGCUUAUUUUCAUUAACUGUGCCUACGUGAAGUGGGGUACCCUGGUUCAGGACGUCUUCACUUACACCAAACUGCUGGCCUUACUUCUCAUCAUUGUGGUCGGACUAAUACAAAUGUUCACAGGCGAAACAAAAAGCUUCGACAGUCCAUUCGAGGACUCGACCACAGACCCUGGGGCUUUAGCCUUAGCCCUGUACUCUGCGCUGUUCUCCUACUCCGGAUGGGACACACUCAACUUUGUCACAGAGGAGAUUCAAAACCCUGAGAGAAAUCUACCUCUGGCCAUCGCCAUCUCCAUGCCCAUAGUGACCGUUAUUUACCUGCUGACCAAUGUGGCGUACUACGUGGUUUUGGACAUGCCCUCUUUGCUCGCCAGUGACGCUGUGGCUGUGACAUUUGGGAACGCCGUCCUGGGCCCUUUCAAGUGGAUCAUACCCAUCUCAGUGGCCAUGUCGUGUUAUGGCGGACUGAAUGCAUCCAUCAUAGCAGCAUCACGGCUGUUUUUUGUUGGAGCCAGAGAGGGCCACCUGCCAAACAGUCUGAGCCUGAUACAUGUCGAGCGCUUUACUCCCAUCCCUGCGCUGCUCUUCAAUGGUGUGAUGGGCCUGAUCUUCCUCUGUGUGGAGGACGUGUUUCAGCUGAUAAACUACUUCAGCUUCAGUUACUGGCUCUAUGUGGGGCUGUCGGUGGCUGGUCUCAUCUACCUUCGAUUCACACAGCCUGACAGAUACCGACCAGUCAAGUUGUCAUUGUUCUUCCCGUUCGUCUACUGCCUCUGUAGCCUGUUUCUGGUCAUCGUUCCACUCUACUGGGACACGGUGAACUCUCUGAUUGGAAUCGGCAUUGCUCUGUCCGGGGUUCCUGUCUAUUAUGUGGCCAUUUACCUCCCCGAAGAGAAGAGGCCAAAAUGUGUACACAAACUAAAUGAACGGGUCACAAAAUACGCCCAGGUGCUGCUGUACUGCUGUCUGGCCGAGUUCGACUACGAGACAGACGCUAAAGUCAACUGA